UGCCAAUUAAAAUUAUCAGAUGACUCACAGGUUUCCUCAUUCCUUCACAAUCAUUCCACUCUUAACUGCAGACAGAAAUAAUCUUUGCAUUUCUACAAGCACAUUACCUGUUAAUCCUGACAAACACUUUAAGGGAGCACUAUUUUCUCUGAGAAGACAGUAAAACAUCAGCUGUAUUACAACACUUCCUGUUACACCGGGCAGUGUCUUUUUUUCCUUUCAGUUUCAUUUCCAGAGAAGCCGUAACUUUGGGAGUUUAACAUUUGUCACAGAGACAAAAAGAGCAGACAUCUCUCGGCAGCAGGUCGGCACAGGAUGAUGAAGAUGGCAGGAAGUGUCGAGUGUUGUUGCGUAACUCUGCUCUUUGCUCUUACCUGUGUGUCAGCUGUUCAAGUGCUGAAUUCAAUCAAGAAUUUAAAGAAACUUGACUUUGGACCAUCUGUACCUGAACACAGUCUGGUGCUGCUCUACUGGUUUGCCAACACAGUUAUCAUCAAUCAUAACAAUGAAAUACGGUUGACAUUUGACCCAAGAAAUGGAGAUUACAGCUCACAUCCUUAUUACAACCAUGAGAAUUUGUUGGACCCACUGCCUCGAGCACAACACGACUACACUAUUGGAAAUCUCAAUCAAGGCACGUCAGUUCGACUUCCAUCUUAUGUUGUCCAUCCCCCAACUUCGUUUGCGGUAGGAAAUAUGGACAGGAUCAUAAUCAGAGUCAGGGGAGAUAGGAUAGACCAGGUGUAUCUCACACAGCAUUACAGUGGUUAUCACCACCAUGGGACAGAAUAUGAUCCAGCUCACACCUACCUGAUCACAACGAACCUCUUAAGACAAAUCAGAGAGUUUUCUAUGGGAGGAAACUACCAGUCUUUACUGAAUCUCCGAGACCGCUUUAGAAGUAAUGCUGAUGUUUCCCUCAUCAGAAACACAUUGGGAGACCUCGCCUGCCUCGGACUGUUUUUGUGUAUUGUGAUGAAGAGACAGAUCGACUUUCGGGAACAAAGCAGAAGACCAGAAAACAGGAACAAUGAUGAGUCGAAUGAGAACAGCAGUCCAGUCAAUAACUAUGAGAACACAGGUCAAGUCAAUAACUAUGAGAACAGAGGUCAAGUCAAUAACUAUGAGAACAGAGGUCUGGUCAAUGACUUCACAGAAGAACCCCAAAACGAAGACCAAUGCCUGAGCUGUAGAACGAUUUGUUUGGCCCUCAUUUUCGUUGUGAUUUUAUUAAUUGUAAUUAUAACUCACAUAAAAAAUUUCAGUUAACAUUAAGAAACAGAUUUAUUUUUGUAAGCUCCAUAAAGCUGAGACUCUUUGGGAUUGAAGUCCUAUAAAGCCAGACACUGAACUUUAUUCAGACUAGAAUAAGUGAUCACUACAACCUGCUUAUCCAAGACAGGAGGUGAUCAUUCUUUUUUAUCAUUAAUUGGGUUUGUACAGGUGCACCGACUGAGCGACAGGUGACUGAAAAAAUGAAUACCAGCAUGUCACGCCUUGUGAAAAUCAGAAAUGAGAAUCAGCCAAAGAAACUGCAACCAGUGCAUCUCUAAUUGAAUCAGUGCCACAGAGGUCAAAGGCCACAGGUUUUUAUGUCAGACACUGAAUACAUUUGCUGUUAAUGUCUUUUUCUGUUAUUUUUCCUGUCCUGAGAAAUUACAAUAGAUCAAAAAUAGUAUAUAUGUACCAUUAAGGACUAAUUUUGUCAGAGAAAGAAUCCAGUGAUGGAGUUCUUGGAAUUACACUGUAAAGCACACAGGGAGGCCAUGUUUAAUACAAAUUAUAACUGAGGAGGAGCAUUCGGUGGAUCAUUUGACAGAAGGACCCAGGGUGUGAUGAGGGAAUGAUUAAAUGUACUAUCAAAUACCA